AGUUGGCUAUAUAAUGUAUAAAAAUCUUUUGGCUUUCACCGAGACAGAAAUUCUUUCGAUUCUGAAGGGUUUGGCUGCAAUGCAUAGCUCAAGUAUAGCUUAUGAGCGCUUCAAUAGCCCGAUUGGAGAUUCGUUUGAAUAUUGCUUGGAAGAAACACUACUGGAUCCCGCAUCGGACUGGUUUAAAACGGGCGUGAAUGCACUCUUCGCAGUUGCUAAAAUUCAUCCAAAGUACACGAAAGCGAAUGAACUGACUUUUAUCAAUUUGGAUUUAUUGAAUGAAAUGCAAUCAGUUCCUGAUAUGGUUAAUCCGUCAUUGAAAUAUCGCAAUGUGCUCUGUCACCGUAGCGUUUGGGUGGGUAACGUUUUCUUACCGCUCAAUGAUGCAGAUGCUUCAGCUGUUUUUGUGGACUUUAAAUCCACCCGUUAUUGUCCGCCAAUUAUUGAUGUUCUAGUUGUUCUAUUUAUGAAUCUGAACAGAGAAGAGCGUCUUAAAAAGGACACGUUCUAUUUAGACUUCUAUUAUAAUGAAUUCGUUCGUAAUUUAGAGAAGAAUGAAUUAUGCGAAGAUGGAGCAGGUAUUUCAAAAGAUCAAUUUUGCGAGUCCUACGAAGAAUUCGAGUUGUUCGGCUUGGUCCUACGCGGGUUAGCAUGCACUAUUUUAAGAGUGCCUCCUCAAUUUGUUGAUGAUAAUUACAAGACAAUUGAUCGCUCACAAAAGAUGCUUACGUAUAUGACGGAGAAUGAAGAAUUUCGUAGUAUAAUGUUGGAAGUAUUGGAAGAUAUUAUCGACUACGCUAUGCCAGAAUGCUGCCCUGAGGAUGAAUAG